UCAAGAUGGAACCCGUAGGAGGAAGACCCCAUCGAUAUUCACAACAAAUAUGAUGCAUUCUAAGUAAUGUCUCUGCUGCAUUAAGGUGCAAGAUGUCUUGGCUAGAUGGAGGCUGGAAGUGGCCAGUCCUUGGCCUGAUUCUGUUCCUGGUCACCUUUGGAUCUUUCGGGUUGCUGUGUAUUUCCUACGUCCUGUGCAUUAUAGCAGGUGGCCUUGUAAUAGCAUUUUACCAUGGCCGGCAGUUAUCCAUCACUUCCUUACAGAGUGGCAACAUCGACCUCUGUCGCUCACGCUCAGGUGUGCUAAAGGUGAUGAAGUGCAUGGAAAGCAUGACAAGGAUUAAAAACUUUGACAGACGAAUGACAGGAGCCAGUGUCAUAGAUGAGGCUCUACAGGAGGUGUUAGGAUGUGCGAUGAGGGAUUAUAUCAAGUCCUGGUACCGACAAGUCAGCGAUCAUGACGGCUACCUGCUUGAUAUCCGACAAUGUGUUCAGAAAAUAGCAAUAACAUUUGCAUCCAGGUCAAAAGAUGUGGAUUGGAUGCCAUAUUUUACACAACGUUUAGUGGAUGAUUUUGCAUCUCAUAUACGACUUUACCGACGGGCCAGAGAGCGUGUCAAGAUCUCUCCGAGAGAUGAGGAUUAUGAAAAAGAGAUAGAGACUGCGUUCUUUGACCUGGAGUACAAUAUGGAGAAGAUGUGUAGAGACCUUGUUAGUAUCUCACCGGAGGAUGAGAGGCAAUACCUACAGGACCUUAGUGAAGUUUUACUCUACCUCCUGCUGCCUACUGAAGAUUUCCAAAACAAGACUUUUAGAUAUAUUUUAAGGGAAGUUCUAGUCAACGGCAUUUUAAUGCCAACAGUCGACCUGAUGUCAGAUCCUGACUAUAUGAAUCAAAACAUGUCGUGGCUGUGUAAGGAGACCACAUUCUCUAACGAGACAUUCCUAAACGUUUUGAAAAGUUCUGACAAUAUAGCAGAGCUGGAAGCUGUUAAGGAAAUUACGGAACAAAAUAUAGCGAAAUGGCGGUCACAGGACUCGGGAGGAAGUGACGACUCUGUCGUGAAACAAAACCUGAACAGCCUACUAUUUGUCAAAUCUAUAUGUGAGGGCAGAAUCAAACGUAUAGAAGUUGGGGGUGAAGACCCGGAGCUUUGUCAAGAUAUAUCAGAAUUUUGCAGAGCUAAAAAUAUAUUUGUACUUAGCUUAGAUGAAAUUAUAGAAAACAACAUUGCUUUGGCAGUAUUUAUUGAGUUUAUGAGCAGUGUAGGGGGACAGCAGUACUUAUUCUUCUAUUUAAAUGUGGAGGGUUUCCGGGCAGCAGCAGAGCAGCAGAUAUCGGCAGCCCACCAGCAGGCUAUGGGGGGCACAGCCAUUGAGGCAGACCUGGAAUCUCUACGGCGGGCAGCCAUGAUUAUACACGACCAGUAUUUAUCUGACAAGGCUACAUCCAAAAUAAGGAUUGAAGCUGAUAUUAUUAAGAGGACUUUACAGAAAAUCAAAACUAAAAACUUAUCUGAAGACGUUUUUGAUGAAGCACAGGCCAAGGUGUACCAGAUCCUGCAUGGAGACCAGUACUAUGAGAACUUUCUCCAGAGUAAUGUGUACAUGAAGCUUCUACAGGAACUCGGCCUGAUGCCGGACAGCAAGUCUGAGGAUGGGGACAAUCUUAGUCUGGAUGAUGACAUUUCUACCAAGUCCGGUUCGUCCAUUGGCACAGAUGAUUACAGCUGUGAUAAUCAAGAGGAUGGCAUCGGUGUCGGGGAUACACUGAUGUCUGCCUACAUCUCACAGACAGGUAUAGUGAAGGAGUCGGACAAGUCAGGAAAGUCAUAUGCUGUGUUCGCCAUCCGAGUCACAAGGAAAGAGCAGGACGAUGAAGAUAUACAGGAAGUUUACAGGCGAUACAGCGAUUUUCAUGACCUUAAUAUGUUGGUUCAGGAAAAAUUUCCGGAGUUGCAGGGUCCUCACCUACCAGGAAAAACUGUCUUAAAACAAAUGAACAAGGAAUUUCUUGAAAAGCGACGGAAAGCCUUAGACAACUACCUCCAGACAUUGUUGAACAAGGAACUUUGGGAACAGUAUCAUGGCCUAAAGGAGCUUGUACUCAAAUUCCUGGCUCCAGGAUUGUGGGAAAAACACAAGAGUGAGCUGGCUAGGAAGAUGGACACCAUUGUGAACCCCUUGCGGACGUCGGUGAAAAGAGUAGUGUCCACAGAUGCUUCAAUUGUUGAUGGACUCGGAAAAUUCAUGAAAGGGGAAGGAUCAGUACCUGGCGACAACAGGAGAGGACAAGACAGCAAGGUCGGGGCUAACAUUGACCUGGAAGGAGAUGAGAACAUUCCCCUUAGGAUCAUGCUCCUCCUAAUGGACGAGGUCAUUGACCUGCGGCAAAAGAACCAGUGGCUCCGCCGCCGUAUUGUGGCCAUCCUUCGACAACUCAUCAAAGCUGCAUUCGGAGACAGGAUAAACAAAAAAAUUGUGGAGCAUGUUGAUUUGAUGACAUCUGCUGAACAGAUGGCAGAAUAUGUGAAAACUUUCAGGGAUUCCUUCUGGCCCGGAGGUGUUCUUACAGAGCCGCGUCCCCCACGUUCCCUCCACACCAAGAUGAGGACUCGGGUAGCGUGUAAAGCUAAGAUGCUUGGUAGUGCUCCAGAUGAGAUGCGGACGCUGAUGGGUACAGAAACAAUCAAACUGGGAGUGACACGGAUAUUUGACAUGUUUCAGUACAAGGGUCUCAACAAGAGACUCGUGUAUGUCUGUUUGGAGGGAGUGGUACAGACCCUUUUCCCAGAAAACAAGUUUGUAGAACUUUUCGAAAAGCUACAUUCCCGGUCUAACAGGAAGUUCACCAAAAAUUUUGCCGACAAGUCAGAGACUGAUCCUGUGUUACGAAAACGUCCAGUGCGACGGUGAUUUGUCCGCAGGGAGUCACCUGCAUACCAGAAAUAGGCUGUGAUACAUUCCAACAUUUUUUAUCCCAAGUAUUGAAUAAUAUAUAUAUCAUCGAUAAUGAAAUGUGAUUUUGUGUUAAUGUGCGGUUUUAAAUGUACUGUUAUAUAGUUUAUAGUUAAUGUGAUAUUGUCACCUCCAAAUGUCCAUGUUCGCUGGGAUCAAACUUUCAGCGAAGGUGAGAACAUUUGGAUGGAGGUAGUGAUCUAAUUGUUGAUUUUUAGUUGAAUGAAUUUAUAAUUUAUACAGUUCAAUUGAAAGCAGUCUCAUUAAUUGUCAUAAAAUGUUUGCCACCGUGUAGAAGGUACAGAAAUAUAACACACUGAUCUUAAAAUUUAACAUACUGUAUAGUGGGAUAUUUUAGCCCAUUCAAACUUUCGUCCUUCUUCGGUAAAAUCCUAAUUAGACUAGUUUUAAUUUCGCCCUUCAUAUUUAAUAUGAUGUAUAUUGUGUUGUUUACCAAUGUUCACUGUAAUGAUCGAUUCACUCUCAUUCCAGAGGGUAAAAAGGGAGAAUAUGGCGAAAAUUAAACAGCAGCAAAAAUGUUCAAGUAUGCAGUAUACUAUCAUUGUAUCUGUACAUGUUACAGAAUGUAAAUUUAUAAAAAAAAGUUUUAAAAGAUUUGUAUUGACCUUUUACUUGAAUGGACAGUGCUUUCUUAUAUUUUGAUCAUAUUGUUUUAAGUGAUAUGAUGAAAUGCCCAAUUAAGAAAAAAGCUAUGUGUAUAUGGUAUAUGUUUAUGUCAACCUAUUAGAUAAAACAUUUCCAGUUAUGUUUACUGGCUUUUCAUGAUUUCAGCAUUAACAUAUCUUUUGAUAUAGGUUAGCUUGUUGAAAAAGCAAUGGGUUUAUUGGUGAAGUUUAAAUCUCGGUUAUAUUCAAAUGUGUUAUUCUAGGGGAAAAAAUGCAAAUUUUAGAAAUAAAAUUUUAAUUAACAUGGAUUAUAAUAUAGUACUAUACUUGCAGUUUUAUCUUUGCUGUUGUAAUUGGCAAGCCAUGCAUUGGUUUUGUAUCCAGUUACCUGUCGUCUGUUUUAAAAUUUCAGUAUAAAAUUGCCUGUUAAAGUCAGAACUCAUUCAAUACUCUUUCAGUGAUUUUGUUCAAGGUGGUAUUACAAGAUGACAGUUAGUAAACAUUUAAAGCACAAAAGAAAAUACAUUUUCAAGAAAAAACAUUUUUUGUUUCACUUUAAAUCCAUUAGAAGUGGGCUGUCCACUUGAAAUUUAACAAAUGUCAUAAAAUACAUAAAUACAGUUCACUAUAUAUUCCAAUGUCUUUCCAGUCUUCAUCUCACAGCAGUUUAUCUCUGUGUUUAUAGACUGUCUAGUAGUAGUAGUAGUAGUAGUAGUAGUUUCACCUGAAUAAUUUAAUAAACUUUAUUUAAUUUUACAACAAUUAUGAAACAAGUUUAUCAACUUACAUUCACUCUUGUCGGCCCGGAUGGAAGUGCACAGAGGGUCUUAAUGUGGGGGGAAAUCAGAGUACCUGGAGAAAAUGCACAUGGUCGGGCAGGUGUUCCCAUACCAUUCACGCCCGACCAGGGAAUCAAACCUAAGCUUUCUUGGUGAAAGGCGAAUGCGCUAUCCACUGCGCCACAUGACCACCCUUUAUUUUACCUGAAAAUGUACAUCAAAAUCAUAAAAGUUCACUAAUAAUUUUUCAUCUGAAUUAUAACAGAGUAAUAGGAUAGGCACUAGAGAAUGAACUUCUAACGGGAAUUAAUGGAACUAUCGAAUGAUCCGUGUACAACAUGUUGAUUUAAAAUCAUGCAAUACUGUGUUGAUCACAAGUUUUGUUAAUUUGAUUUUGAAAUAUCACCUGUGUAAUACUGACUUGUAAUGUCGGCUAACGAUAGCAUUCACCGCCACGCAUGGUCACCUGAGAGCUCUGCUUGACUGUUCAUUAUAUCUCUUAAACUCUAUCUGAAUGUUGCUGAGUGGGAUUUGAAUGUGGGAAUUAUUUUGCAUAAUGUUUUACUUGAAGUUAAAUGUCGUAUAUGUUGGUUAUUAUGUGUUAUUGUAGGGUUUUACUCUGUAGAUCAGAGAUAUCUGUGAUUGUCUAUGUCAUUGCUUUCUUUACCAUUACUGAGUUUAUUUACUGAGUUGUGCAAUAGUCUUAUAUAUCUGCUGUAUAAUUCGAUAUAAAAACGCUUUACUGAAUACAAUGAAAUCUUUAACUUUUCUUUGCAUUUUUGUAAGUAUUCUCAGAAGGGUGAAUAGAAAUAUUGAUUUUAACGUCACAUUCCAUUUUGUUCAGCAAGGUGUUUAUUUCUUAAUUUAUCAAUUCAGCAUCAGAUAUAAAUAUGUAAAAACAGCUAGAGUAAUACAGGUACUUAAAUUUCAUUUCUAAAACAAAAUAUCUGUAGUCCCAUUGUCAUGAGACUUCAGAAACGGACUCCAGCAUUAACCACUUUAAGGCCAUUUUUAAAGUAAUUGCUUUAUUAUUUACAUAAUAACUUAACAUUUACAGUGGAAAUGGUAUUUUUUUAUGGGAAUUAAUCUAUUUUUUGUGUAAUAAAUCUAUAAAGGAAAAAAUGCUUGAAUUUUAGGAGUUUAGUUGUAUUUUUAUGGAAAUCAUUUUAUUUUUGGAAGUUCUAAUUUUAAGUUUGAUUCAGAAACAUAUAUAUACAAACCACAUGUAGAGUACAAAAGAAUUUCCAAUGCUUUUCAUUGAUUGGUGACAAUAAUCCAUUGUCAAUGUCUCACCAAUUUAGUUGAUUAUUUGUCUAAUCCUUGUGAUCCUUUUCAUUCUAUUUGAAAGAGAAAGUUUCAAUCUGGACCAGUGAUGAAACUUAAAGUCUGUAUAUGGUAAGGGCUGUUCCAGAAUGAACUGUAUGGGAGGAGUUGGAGGUACUUCUUUACAGACACAACCCACCAAUAUAAAUCUUAUAAAAAUGAUUUAUAUAAGGAAUAAUAGGCAGACCUGGUUUUAACCCCACCACCCAUACUAUAUAUUGAUACAGCUGCCUUCCACCUCCCCCAUAUGAGAAAUAAUUGAAAGCCCUUACUGAAAAGUCAGGGAUAAAAAUACACAUGUGUAGAAAUAUACUCGCCACCUUGUUGCAAGCCUUUUAUUUAAAUUUCUUUUUAAGUUUCACUUGCUGUCUCUUACAAUUGAAAAAUCUGGUGUCCGCCCCGCCCUCUUCAGUAUUCUGAUGCUGUGAUCAGGAACCUUAAUAGUCAGUGUUUAAUAGUGUGAACAUAUGUGUUGAACUAGGAAAACUUAUAAGUAUAUAGGACUCCUGUCUCAUGGGUUCCCAGGAUACAUGUAUAAUUAUUAGAUAUGAUUAUAUCUUACUUCGUGUAUAAUGUUCUGUCCAAGACUAGAAUAUCUUUUCUCUUUUGCUCAAUACCAGAUUUGUAUUAGCAUUACAUAAUUAUUUUUGUUGUUGAUUUAUAAAUUAUCAAAUACGGUAUAUUUACCUAAAAUAGUGGAAUCUAAACUAAUAGUCAUUAGAAUUUUAAAGUUGUUUACUAUAGUUAUCUAUUAUUCAAAAACAUUGGUAUUCUAGAAGGUUUUGCAGCAAAAUGUUGUGCACAGACUAUCCAACUAGUUUCUGGUAAACCUAUGUUAGAUCAUUUGAUUUAGUAAAUUACAGUCGGUAGAUGAUAGAAAUAGAAAUCGUUAUAUUGUUAGCACAUUUGCUAAUAACUUAUUAUAACAAUGGUAUUGCUUUAGAACCCAACUAAUUACUCAAACUCAGAUUAAUAAGAAAAGUUCUUAUGAGUUUAAUUUUUCCUCUCUAACAUCAAAGUGUAAAAAUGUCACCAUUUUUGAGUUGCCAUCACAAUAUAUUUUCAAAUACUUCUUAUAAUGUCAAAAGCAAUACAGUACAAUACAAUGUGAUUAUAAAAUUAGCAUCAGUACUUCAAGCUAUACAGACUUUUGCCUGUAGCCAAGUUCUAUUUAGUGUUUGAAUUUUUCAUCAUGGAAUAAUCAUGUGCUAAAAUGUACUGAUCAUGUGACACUGUUUGUCACUUUUGUUUCUCAUUGUAUUCAAUAUUCUUCACAAGGAUAUAUAUGCACUGUAUUUGAAUCUUGCUUUUUUGCUUUUUUGUCUAUCAUUUCAUCGGAAUAAAUGUUCCCUUGCAAGACAAGAAAUUUUAUUUCUUAAAUGGUGAUUUGAUAAUAAAUAUUCACAUUCCAUAGAAAUAUCUUUCUUUUAAUCAAACAUGAAUAUUUUGUAUGAAAUAGCCAUUUUAGAGUCUAAAAUUUUCUGUCUAGUUUUUCAACCAUCUUUAGUAUCAGUGAAAUGUUUGUGUGUCUCAUCAAAUUCUAUGAUUCUUGAUUGAUUCUUUAUAUAAAUUGAAUCGUUCCAUCAUAUCUGACUGUCACUGGGACCAAUAGAUAAUAGAUUCUGUCCUCUGUUAAUAUUCUUACAAUGAUUUAAGCUCCCCAUCCCCUUUCACCUUAAACUUACAUAGGGCAUCAGAAUUCAAAUUACCCCACCCCCUUACCUUAAACUUACAUUGGGCAACAUAAUUCAAAUUACCCCACCCCCUUUCACCUUGAACUACCCCACCCCCUUCUAGCCUAAAUUUACAUAGAGCAACAUAAUCCAAAUUUAUCUGUGUACACUUGUAAGAUCUCUAGAUAUGUCUGACAAAUUGUGAUGAAAUGAUGAUCUAUUAAUAUUUCUAGGUAUUUUACACUACAAGAUACUGAAAUUAUUUAUCAUCUUUGUGUACCAGUGAAGUUUAUUUACCAAACAUAAAACUGGAUAGUAGAUAGAAUUUGAAAAAGGUGAUAGCAAUGAAAUAUCUUUUUUAAGACAGAUAUAACUGCUACUGUAUACCAGGAAAUUUCUGUCAGUUUAAUUUUCGCCUUAUUCGCCCUCAGUAAUACGGGCAAAUUUUUCACGACAAUGAAAAGAAAUACACAGCAUACUAUAUACACAGCAUACUAUAUAUAAUUAUAACAUGCGAGAGGCAAAUUUAACAUUGCACGAAAACUGAUUCUACUAGUGGAGGGCAAAAAUUUGGCUGAACGAGACGGAACUUUCUGGGUACGCUGUAUAUGACUUCUCUGUCUGCCCCUGUAAAGGUACUUAGACCAUCAUUUUAUGUAAAUAUAUGCAUUUUUAAUUUAUUUCAGUCAGCUUUUACUUGAAUAUGUCUGUAUAAAGUAUGUUCGUUAAAAAAAUCUUUUGUCAUAUCUGUCUAUAUUUCUGAUACAUAGGCGAUACAUAGACAUACUUUGGUCAUGUAAGAAAUUAGUUUACCUUUCUAUGUUUUUUCUAAUUUACUUUUUCAGGAAUUUAAAUUUGAGCCUGGAGUGAUACAUUCUUGUGAAUUUAUUGUUCAUUUUAAAGUGCUGAAUGAUUGUUUAAGUGACAGAAUACAGUAAAUGUUAUUUUAGUGUGUAAGAUUGAAUAUUUAACAUACGUUUUCAAGAACAGUGUUAAUUUACCUGCUUUAAAAGUCAGAAUAUUGAAAAGUAAAUACUUUUAUUGUUAGGUUAUAUUAGUUGUGAUCGCUUCUUAUGAAAUUUUCUUUCCAACUUUUUGUUGUUGUUUUUAACUGGUUCUGAAAUCUCAGAAUGUUGCCGUGAGCAUUUUCUUGUGCAUAGCAAGAAGUUGAAGAACAUUGUGAAACAUUUUUUUUAAAUAACUGGAUAUUAAAAUGGGUUUAAAUAUUUUAGAAUUUUAAAAACAAUAAUGGAACGUUUAAAUCCCAUCAACACGUAAGUUUUAUAUGAAGAAAUGAUUUGAAAUGUCUAUACAAUUUAGAUUCUAUACAAUUUAGAAUUACAAAAUAUAUCAAGCAUGCCAUUCAAAUUAUGAGUAAAAUAGAAGAAAAAUAUGAAACAGUUACAUUUUAUUUUUGAAUGAUAUGUAACCCCUCUAUUUGCACAGAAUUAAUAUUUACACAGCUCUACUGUUUUUCAUUACUGAUUUUUAGUACAUGUAUGUAAUACUUUUAGAUGAUACAAUUUUUCCAAAUAAUCCAGACAUUUUGCUUCUCUUGCAUUAGGCAAAAUUACGACAACAUCUGAUUCACUGGAACAGAAUUUGGACAAGUUCAUUUUAAAGGAACUUUUUUUACAGUUUGUUAUUUGAGAAAAAAGUACACUUCAGAUACAAAAACGCUGAAAUUACUGAUGUUCUCAAAUGUUAAAUUGAGUGCUGUAUAGUAGGGUGCCCUCCCUUUAAUUUAAUUUUACUGUGUAGAUGAUCUUUGCUCAUUCUUUUACAUUAUUCGUACAAGGUAUGUCAUUCAGCAUAUUUUCCAUGACAUACUUUGAAGACACAUACUUCUAUAGAAACAGUUUCUUUUAACUCAUUCACCCUGAAAAUUCAUAAUGAACUAUUCCAACCUUUGAAAUGGAAGAGUUCACAUAAGUCUUCAAGGGUGACAUUGGAUGGGUGUUUGGAGAAAUACUCAAACUUGUCAGUCCACUGUAGUCUACUCGCUGUAAUAAUGUUAUAUUAUGUACCUUUCUACAUACUCCAUUGACAAUGAAGAUAUUUUGAAUGUGUUCAGGUUCUAUUCUUCAUCUUUCUCUGUAAUCCGUUAUGGUCUUUUGUGAUAGCAACUGACAUCAUUUCAUUGUCUCACUGACGGUGAAGUCAAAACAGGGAAGAAAAAGAUAAAAAUGUCAAAGAA